UGUGGAAUAGUGAUGUAGGGUUACUGCGAGUGCUUGUUUUUAAUAGGGAAGGCUGUGCGAGAAUGUGUUUUAUUGAAUAGGUAGUGGACUAUGUUGUUAGGGUUCGCUACUUGUUGAAAAUGUAGGAUUCCUGAAAAUUAGGAGUUGUAGGAACACUUGAAGAAAACACUGCGGGGUCGGGUUUGGCGUCGAUUUGUGAUUUCGUUCUUAUAACAUGUGAUAAAUAUUACUAUCCAUGAGGAAGAGUCCCUGGAGAAUACCGAUUGACUGCUAGUCAACUACUACUGCCACUCUCUUCAACUGUGCCUCUACAUUUGUAUUUAGUCGUCGCAAGUCGUGAAUUAAUAGAUUGACCGGAUGUUGUGCAUUCAGUGAUUCCAAAAAUAGUUGAUAGAUUUGGGAUUCCACAUGUAUUCCGUAUUGAAGUUAAUAUUGGUUGGCUUUUGCGGUCAGAGCUUAAAGUUAUGUUUGUGUUUGAUUUUUCUCUUUUUCUUCUCGUUAUUUUCUGUUUUUGACGAAAGCUUCAGACAAGAUUGAAUUUUGUUCACUGAGCUUGGGUGAGUGAAACAAAAAAGCGCUGAUGGAUUUUUCUGUGGUGUCUACUUUCUGGCUACAUAUGUGCUGUUCACAUUGUCUUCCAAUAAGGUGAAAUCUGAUUGAAGACCAAUGCAGAGGGAUACUAGUACCACUGCCCCAUCAACCACAAGUGGUCGGAUUAGGCACCGAAAACGCUCAAAUGAGGUUAUCCCGGAAGUUAGCAAAGCAAAUGGGACCCAGUUACUUGUUAACGACAAAAGUAAAUACAAGUCCAUGCUAAUUCGAGCAUAUUCAUCCAUAUGGAUGAUUGGAGGCUUUGUGUUGAUAAUAUAUAUGGGUCACCUCUACAUCACUGCAAUGGUGGUGGUUAUUCAAAUCUUCAUGGCAAAGGAACUUUUCAAUCUACUCAGGAGAGCUCAUGAAGAUAGGCAACUGCCUGGAUUUAGGCUAUUAAACUGGCAUUUUUUCUUCACUGCAAUGUUAUUUGUUUAUGGACGUAUUCUGAGUCCACGCCUGGUUAACACUGUAACUUCAGACAUGGUUUUAUAUCGGCUAGUGAGCAGUCUAAUUAAGUAUCAUAUGGUUAUCUGCUACGCCUUGUACAUUGCAGGAUUUAUGUGGUUCAUUCUCACAUUGAAGAAGAAGAUGUACAAGUACCAAUUUGGCCAGUAUGCUUGGACACAUAUGAUUCUAAUUGUUGUAUUUGGCCAGUCCUCCUUCACUGUGGCGAGCAUUUUCGAAGGGAUUUUCUGGUUUCUUCUCCCAGCAACACUUAUUGUCAUUAAUGAUAUUGCUGCUUAUAUCUUUGGUUUCUUCUUUGGAAAAACCCCUUUGAUUAAGUUGUCUCCAAAGAAAACCUGGGAGGGUUUUAUUGGGGCAUCCGUUACCACCAUCAUCUCUGCAUUUAUGCUUGCUGACAUCAUGGGUCAUUCUCAGUGGCUAACGUGUCCAAGGAAGGAUUUGUCAACUGCUUGGCUUCACUGUGAUCCUGGUCCUCUGUUUAAGCCAGAAUCUUACUCCUUACGAGGAUGGAUCCCUCACUGGUUUCCUUGGAAGGAGGUAUCAAUCCUACCUGUUCAAUGGCAUGCUUUAUGUCUUGGCUUGUUUGCUUCGAUUAUUGCACCUUUUGGAGGUUUCUUUGCAAGUGGUUUUAAAAGGGCUUUCAAAAUAAAGGAUUUUGGUGAUAGUAUUCCUGGACAUGGUGGAAUUACCGACAGAAUGGAUUGCCAGAUGGUUAUGGCCGUGUUUGCAUAUAUAUAUCAUCAGUCAUUUGUUGUGCAACAAAGUCUCUCGGUUGAAAUGAUUUUGGACCAGAUAUUAAUCAACCUAUCAUUCAAUGAACAAGAAGCUCUAUAUUUGAGGCUUGGAGAAAUUUUACAACAGGGGAUUCCAAGGAACUCUUAGAUUCAUGGCGAGGUGUAUUUGUUCUCACCUUCUAUUGUAUUCCUUUACAUACAUCUGUACAAGCGUUUUCUAUCUUUUGAGUGAAACUAAUCAAAGGUCCGGAAGCUGUCAAGAUGUGCAUAGUGUAUGUUUACCGUUAGUUCCAUUCUGUUUUUCUGGCUAUAGUUGAAUAGUUAAUUGAUGGCUUUGCAUGAACACCUGCCGUUCACUCAUGAUCUUCAAUAUAAAUAAUUCACAUGUUGGCUGAAAAUGAACGCCUGUGCUGUAUUUAAUUCCUGGUGGUGAGGUGUGUUAAUAUUUUUCUAAUACCUUAAAUGUAGCUUGAAUCACGUUUGAUAAUAUAUUUUAGUGCGAUCGACAAAUAUUUUUGUUCAA